AUGACACUCCCAUUCCUUCACUCCAUACGUAGAAGGAAAAACCCAAUAUUUGUUUUAUGUGCCCUCCUGAUCAUAUACCUCCUGUUGCACGUCUCGAAUUACGAUGCUAAGGACUUCCAAUACCAAUUCCUUUCCGGUCUCACGACUGCGGAGAGGAAAGUCCCACAAGUGGAAGCAUUUUACUUAGAUCUAUUCAAUUCUAUAAAUCAGUAUAGACCAUUGAAUCCACCGGGCAAUUGGGAGGACCUACGUGAUAAGGAUAAAUGUAAAUGGUCCGGUGACAUCUCUGUAAAUGACGACGGAAGAGACGCUAAUGAAAGAUUGAGUAUGGAGAAUUUAGACGAAUGUUUCAAGUUGUCCAGUAUACAAUUGAAUAAUUUGAAAAGAGCUCAUUCAGGAUACGUCAAAAAUAUUCGCGAUAAGUUUGACGAUAAAAAUGAAAGAUUAACUAAUAGCUUGUUCCCUAAUAAUGUUGGGAUUGUCACCAUUGGAGGGGGGAGAUAUACAGUCUUGUUGAUGACCAUGAUUGCCAAAUUAAGAGAUACGGGAACAAGUUUACCAAUUGAAGUCAUUAUCCCACCUGAAGAUGAAGGUGACGAUGAUUUUUGUAAUGUUAUCUUACCCAAAUGGAAUGGUAAAUGUGUCUUUUUCAAAGAUGUAUUACCUGAUGAAUUAAACAAGAAAUUGAUGCUUCAAAGUUACCAAAUUAAACCCUUGGCUGUUCUAUUGUCAAGUUUUAAAAAAAUUUUAUUUUUAGAUGCUGAUAAUUAUGCUAUGAAGGAUUUGGAUCAUAUUUUCGAAAGUGAACCAUUCAUAGAAAAUGGGUUGAUCGUAUGGCCUGAUUAUUGGAGACGUGUGACACCACCUGCUUAUUAUAAGAUUGCCGAUAUAAAUAUUUCCAAAAAGAAGAGAAUACGUAACAUUAAUGAUGAUAUCACACCACCAUCUUAUUAUGAUAAUAAAUUAAAGGAUCGUGAUCAUCUACUCAAGGAGGUCCCCAUGCAUGAUCUUGAAGGUACUAUUCCAGAUCCAACUUCUGAAUCAGGUCAAAUGGUCAUUGACAAAGUGAAACAUUUCCAUACAUUACUAUUAUCAUUAUAUUAUAAUCUAUAUGGACCAAGUUGGUAUUAUCAAAUUUUCUCCCAAGGCACAUCCGGUCAAGGUGAUAAAGAGACUUUUAUUGCUGCCGCCCAUGCCUUAAAUAAACCAUAUUACCAAGUUACAACUAGUUUGGGAUUAAAGGGAUUCUUUUAUGAAAAUGAAUUCAGAGGUAUUGGUCUAUUACAGCGUGAUUUCCAACAAGAUUACGCACAACACCAACUGGUGAAACAAACUAUCCAAGACCAUCUAGAAGAAUAUAGCGAAUUUAAGGAAGAUUAUAAAGUUGCGGACGAGUUUAAUAAGAAAUUAAUGAUUCCACCAAAUGGUCAGCCUCUUGACGUCAUGUUUGUCCAUGCUAGUUUCUAUAAAUAUGAACCAUGGGAUUUAUACAAUGAGCGUCGUUAUGUAAAUUCAGAUGGUACACAUUUCCGUGGGUUUUCCGAUCUAAAGGAGUUCAACUAUUUUGAUAUGGAGUUAUUCAAUUUUAAAAUUUUGAGAGAUACACUUUGUUCACCUAAUAAAAAGGUUGAAUUUAAAUUCUAUAAUGAUAAAGUGUUCAGCCCUGAAUGGGACAACAUGUGUACUUAUCUGAAGGAUCAUGUAAAUUUCCUUCAAGAAACUCAUUCAGAAGCAGUAGCAAAAGAAGAGGCAAGCAACUAA